AUGGUGUGGGUGCCUCUGAGGACCACGAGGACUGACCGCCGGGCCCCUCUGCGUGCACCCACCACCCGUUGCAGCACCAUGUCUUUGGAGUGGCUGAUGGAUUGCAGCUGGUCCCUAGACGGACUCCGGAAUUUCAUCGCCACCGGCAUCCAGUCUUUCCGGGACUGCGACGCUACCGCCCUCGCUGCCGUCGCCUGUCUCCUGGUCCUCUUCUUGUGGUACUGCUACCACGUGGGGCGGGAGCAGCCCCGCGCCUACGCCACCGUCAACGCCCUGAUGCAGAGCGCCGAGGCCAACGGCGUGCAGAACGGGUACAUCUACUGCCACUCGCCCGACUGCGUGCGCUGCACGCACCACGACGGGCUCAACCAGAAACUCUACCACAACCUGCAGGAAUACGCCAAGCGCUACUCCUGGUCCGGCAUGGGCAGGAUCCACAAGGGCAUCCGUGAGCAGGGCCGGUACCUCAACAGCCGGCCGUCCAUCCAGAAGCCCGAAGUCUUCUUCUUGCCCGACUUGCCGACCAUGCCCUAUUUCUCCCGGGACGCUCAAAAGCACGACGUGGAGUUGCUGGAGCGCAACUUCCAGACCAUCCUGUGCGAGUUUGAGACUCUUUACAAAGCUUUCUCAAACUGCAGCCUCCCGCAAGGAUGGAAAAUGAACAGCACGCCCAGCGGGGAGUGGUUCACCUUCUACCUGGUGAACCAGGGCAUGUGCGUGCCCAGGAACUGCAGGAGAUGCCCACGGACGUACCGCUUGCUCGGGAGCCUUCGUACCUGCAUUGGCAACAAUGUCUUUGGGAACGCGUGCAUCUCCGUGCUGAGCCCGGGCACCGUCAUCGCCGAGCACUACGGACCCACCAACAUCCGCAUCCGCUGCCAUCUAGGUAAGUGCCCAGCGGGGUUGUUCAUCCUGGCUGGGUGUCCCCGCCACGGGCGGUGCCGGGGGCUGUAG